AGCGCGACCUACAUCAAUGGAUAUCGGGACGAGUACUCGGCAAUCUUCUGGCUCAAUAUCAAGGACGAAGCGUCCAUUCAGCAGAGCUUCACUAGGAUCGCGACGCAGAUCCUCGAACAUAAUCCCGAUGCCGGCAGCAUGAAGGGAUUGAACUUACAGCAAGAUCAUACCAAGAUUGUCCAGGCCGUGAAGGCGUGGCUCAGCUUGCCAGGUAACACCAGAUGGCUCAUUGUGUACGAUAACUACGAUAAUCCUAAGCUUCCCGGGCGGAGAACCGAUGCAGCGGUUGACAUACACCAAUUUCUUCCGAUGGCACAUCAGGGCUCGGUAGUAAUCACAACACGGCUAUCGCAAAUCGACAUGGGACAUCACAUUCGACUUGAGAAACUCAAAUCGGAACACGAGAGUCUGCAAAUAUUGACAAAGGCAUCUGGCCGGAAUGGCUUACAAGAUGAUGGCGAUGCAAAAGACCUUGUACGAGAAUUGGACGGCCUUCCCCUUGCUCUAGCUACGGCUGGAGCAUAUCUGAAACGCGUCCCGAUCAGCAUACGCAAGUACCUUCGCUACUACCAGGAAUCUUGGGCCAGAAUCACCGGCAAUCUGCAUCUCGGAUCCUAUGCAGAUCGUACAUUGAGUUCAACAUGGCAGCUGUCGUAUGACCAUGUUCAGGCACAGAACCCACUUGCGGCUAAUCUACUUCGGUGGUGGGCCUACUUCAAUAAUGAAGACAUAUGGUAUGAUCUUGUCCAGGCGAGAAGCCGAAUCGGCCCGGGGUGGAUGGAGGAGCUUUCAGAAGAGCUCAACUUCAACGAUGCAAUGGGCGUACUCCAUGACUACGGCCUAGUGGAACCUACAACCACGUUCCAGGAGCCACAAGGGUACAGCAUACACAGUUGUCUACAUUCCUGGGCUAUUCAUAUAUUGAAUGAGGAGUGGGACAGCUGCUUGAACAAGCUUGCAGUGGAAAGUGUGGCAUCACAGGUUCCUUCACGAGAGGAAGCCGAGUAUUGGCUUCUUCAGAAGAGACUAAUAUCACAUGCGAUCCGGUCUUGUUCAACAGUACAAGAGAGCAAUUGUCCUACAGAUCGGGCUUUUCAUUCUCUAGGUAGUCUUUACGCUGACCAGGGGAAGCUGGGCGAGGCCGAGAAGAUGUACUUGCGGGCGCUCGAUGGGUACGAGAAGGCGCUCGGGCCGGGUCACACAUCAACACUUCGCACAGUCAACAACCUUGGCAACCUUUACAAAGAUCAGGGGAAGCUGGACGAGGCCGAGAACAUGUACGCUCUGCGAAUAUAA